AUGGACAAUAUCAACGACUCUUUUAAAUCUUUCAACUUCCCUCCAAGAGAAUUCUCUACUCCUCGCAAACCUUCUUGCAAAGAACCUUUAAAUUUCGAAAAUACUUCUCCUAAAUCUUCCUUGGGACCUCUUUUCGAUACUAACUGCAUUUCUACUCCUCAUACUCCAUUGUCCCCCACAACUUCACCCUUCGAUAAUAGAAGACGGUCAAGUGUUCAUCGCAAGAGUAAUGCCAUUUCGUUUUCAUCACCAAGACAAUUCAAGAGCUCGUUCUCCAUGGGACCCGCAAGAUCACGAGACUCCUACUCGAUCGACGAUAUAAUCUCCAAUACAAGAGAACAGAUUAGAAGAAACAGUACCAAUUCUAACCAUCACAUCUCCACAUUGGACGAAUUCUUGGAGAUUAAUAAUCUUAAAUCAACCGAUAUCUCUCCCAAGGGUUCUGUCCAUCAUGCAAGCUCGAACGCCAAUGCAAACGCAAACACCAAAGUCUUUGCAUCUUGCCCAGAAUCCGGCGACUUGCCUCCUCCCAUAAUUGACUUAGACAUUAUCAACUACUAA